AUGGAUAUUAUUAUUGAAACAUUUAAGAACUCUGCUCUCUCUUCACUGGAAAAAACAGCUAUAUUCUCCUACUUCAUUAGUAAUACUACUUCAAUAACUGUGGCAAGUGAAAUCCUUCGUGCAUUCGGAACCGAGAAUGAGACAUGUCAAUACUUGAAAUCGCUAAUUCCUACGCCUGGUAUAUUCUCGUACAAGAAUUUAAUCCAAUCUGCGCUGAGACAUCAGGCACUUCAAGAUAAUUUAACAAUCUUGUAUCCAUUUAUUGAUAAUUCGAACCUCCUUAUUGAGGGAAAAUAUAUUGUAGGUCGUCUUGAGAAUGCAGGCAAUCCAACAAUAAUUGGCUCUCGUCCACCCGACGAAGAUACGCUGUGGAAUUCCGUUCGAGAUCUAAGCUUUGACGUCACCAUCUAUGAUCGAGUAGCAGACGAUGGAGAUUAUGAACCUGUAGUAAGGGAGGCUCUGAACCUAGAAUGGAAGGGAUAUCUGGUGACCUUAGGCCAACAGAAAAUGAAAAAGGUUUAUUAUGCUCUGGAUAAUUAUUAUCGCCGUUUUACAUUUGCAUAUGCAUCUAGACUCGAGGGAGAAGAAGUUAUUAGUUUGAUACAAAACCACAUUUGA